AUGGAAAACUACACCUACAACAGCCUCACUCUCCAGCUGGAGGGGUUAAUUGUCUCAGAAGACUCAAUAUACCCGACCUUUCUCUUCCUCUUUUUCUCCUAUUUGUUUAUAAUGGUCACAAAUGUAAGUAUGUUGAUUGUAAUUUUCAUGGACAAUAACCUUCACCAGCCUAUGUAUCUUCUUUAUUGCAACCUGUCAGUCAGUGACAUAAUUGGAAGCACUCGUAUUCUGCCUCGUUUGCUCACGGACAUGUUGCGUCCUCCCUCUAAACGCCUCAUCAGUUAUUACGAGUGUGUGGUCCAAGCUUUUACCUCACACAUGAUCGGUACCACUGCUCACACAGUGCUCAUGAUUAUGGCCUUUGACAGAUAUUUGGCCAUAUGCAAUCCCCUGCGUUACGCUGCCAUAAUGACCAACAAAAUGUUGGUGAAGCUGACAGUUUCUGCCUGGGGAGUGGCCUUUGUUCUGGUCGGGAUUCUGCUCGGUCUGACCGUAAGACUGAACCGAUGCAAGAGUAUGAUCAUGAAUCCUUACUGUGACAAUGCCUCCCUGUUCAAACUCUCCUGUGAGAGUGUGUUCAUCAAUAAUGUGUAUGGCCUCACUUUCACUGUAGUCCUGUUUACAGCUUCUAUUGGCAGCAUAGUUCUCACCUAUACUAAGAUUACUGUCGUCUGUCUGACCAGUAAAAACAAGUCUCUGAACAGUAAAGCUUUGAAGACCUGCAGCACUCAUCUGAUUGUGUAUCUGAUUAUGAUCUUUAGUGGUUGUACCAUCAUUACUUUACAUCGUUUUCCUCAGUACUCAGACUACAGAAAACUGUCUGCUAUUCUGUUUGUUAUUGUCCCUGGAAGCCUUAACCCCAUUAUAUAUGGCAUGCAGUCCAAAGAGAUACGAAAAUUCUUAUCUGAAAUGUUUCAGUCCAAACAAGUGUUUGCUAUGAAGUAA